UCUCGCGCCCACACUUUCUUUCUCACACACGCACGCAGACACAUUCUCCCUCUCUGCGCGCUCGCCCUCGGUCUCCCUCUCUCCCUCUUUCUCUUUCACUUUUGCUUGCCCUGCAACCUUUUAAAAUGUUGCCCCUUCCCUGUGAUUCGCCAGCCGCCGCGCCGCGGCCCCCCGCGCGCUCGCCCGCUCCCUCUCUCGCCCGCUUUUUGUCUCUCGCGCUCCCUCUCCCCUCCUCCGAUUUGCUACACUGAGGCUCCCGUCAAUGGACUGCAUUGAGAGCCGGCUCCGGCGCGAGUUGCCUCUCCGCUUCACGCUCGAUUUCCAGGCAUUCUUCCCUUAUUAAGUAUUCGUGUAAUAUUAAUAGUCAUGAAUAUCUGCUAUUAGCAGGCUCCAGGAACGCUGCCCAGCGCGGUUAUUAGAAGCUCAAGCGAAGCCGCCGCUAAGAAAAGAGGGGAGACACGGAUUAAGGAACACGCGCGCGCGCGCGCGCACACACACACAGACACACAGACACAGACACACACACACACUUCUUGCUUUUUGCCUUUUUGGGGUUUUUCAUUUUUUAAGGAACUUUGAAUCCUACCCGCUCACGGCAGGAUAGAGACCGUGGGUUCGACCAGCUGAAGGCGCCGCUCGAAUCGGUGGUUCAAGUUCGGAUGGACCAGAGCGGGGCUCCAGCGCUCGGGGGAGCGGCGGCGCCGUGACCGGAGUCCCGGGUGGCGCGGGGCUCUCGGCGCCUUUUGUGUGGGGCGCGCUCGGGCAGCGGGGCAGCCGGGCUCUCCGGGCUUGCUUGUUGUUUUCCACCCUGACUCGUUACCCCAGACUCUUCGCAGAUGUUAGUUCACAGUUUUUCAGCUAUGGACCGUCACGACGGCACCAGCAACGGGACGGCACGGUUGCCCCAGCUGGGCACUGUAGGUCAAUCUCCCUACACGAGCGCCCCGCCGCUGUCCCACACCCCCAAUGCCGACUUCCAGCCCCCCUACUUCCCCCCGCCCUACCAGCCUAUCUACCCCCAGUCGCAAGACCCUUACUCCCACGUCAACGACCCCUACAGCCUGAACCCACUGCACGCCCAGCCGCAGCCGCAGCACCCGGGCUGGCCCGGCCAGAGGCAGAGCCAGGAGUCUGGGCUCCUGCACGCGCACCGGGGGCUGCCCCACCAGCUGUCGGGCCUGGAUCCCCGCAGGGACUACCGGCGGCACGAAGACCUCCUGCACGGCCCCCAUGGGCUCGGCUCAGGACUCGGAGACCUCCCGAUCCACUCCUUACCUCACGCCAUCGAGGACGUUCCGCAUGUAGAAGACCCGGGUAUUAACAUCCCAGAUCAAACUGUAAUUAAGAAAGGCCCCGUGUCCCUGUCCAAGUCCAACAGCAACGCCGUCUCCGCCAUCCCCAUCAACAAGGACAACCUCUUCGGCGGCGUCGUGAACCCCAACGAAGUCUUUUGUUCAGUUCCGGGUCGUCUCUCGCUCCUCAGCUCCACCUCGAAGUACAAGGUCACGGUGGCGGAAGUACAGCGGCGCCUCUCACCGCCGGAGUGUCUCAACGCUUCGCUGCUGGGCGGAGUGCUGCGGAGGGCGAAGUCUAAAAAUGGAGGAAGAUCUUUAAGAGAAAAACUGGACAAAAUAGGAUUAAAUCUGCCAGCAGGGAGGCGUAAAGCUGCCAAUGUCACCCUGCUCACAUCACUAGUGGAGGGAGAGGCCGUCCACCUCGCCAGGGACUUUGGGUAUGUGUGCGAAACUGAAUUUCCUGCCAAAGCAGUAGCUGAAUUUCUCAACCGACAACAUUCCGAUCCCAAUGAGCAAGUGACAAGAAAAAACAUGCUCCUGGCUACAAAACAGAUAUGCAAGGAGUUCACCGACCUGCUGGCUCAGGACCGAUCUCCCCUGGGGAACUCGAGGCCCAACCCCAUCCUGGAGCCCGGCAUCCAGAGCUGCUUGACCCACUUCAACCUCAUCUCCCACGGCUUCGGCAGCCCGGCGGUGUGCGCCGCGGUCACGGCCCUGCAGAACUAUCUCACCGAGGCCCUGAAGGCCAUGGACAAAAUGUACCUCAGCAACAACCCGAACAGCCACACGGACAGCAGCGCCAAAAGCAGUGACAAAGAGGAGAAACACAGAAAGUGAGGCGCUCCUCCUGCCCCGCCCCCUGCCCGCGCCGCCUCCCCGGCCCCAGCGCGCCCACCCACUCCAUCUCCAUCAUCUCCAUCUCCAUCUGCAUCAUCUCCAUCUCCAUCUGCAUCAUCUCCAUCUCCAUCUGCAUCAUCUCCAUCUCCAUCUCCAUCUGCAUCAUCUCCAUCUCCACCUCCACCUCCAUCUCCAUCACCCCCCACCGAUCACCACCGGCAGGUGACAGCUCCGGGAUCAGCAACCCCCCCACUGCUGCUACUGCUGCUGCUGCUGCCGCCGCUGCCGCCACCGCCUUCGGUCCGGAGUCUCGGGGUCCCGGGGACGGCGCUCCACUGUGAGCGGGGCGACCCCGCAGUCUCAGGCCCCGGCCCCGACUUCCUCCAUCAGCACCAACUCCCCUUUGCCCUUGUGUGGAGCCUAAGAGAACAGAACAGGCCGUGAAGCCAGCAAAGAAAAGUUCUGUUGGAGUUUGUGAACCUUUUUUUUUUUUAAACUAACAAAUCAACAACGACAACAAAAAAAAAUUUAAAACUUUUUUUUUUAGAAAAAAGAACGUAAAAAUUAAAAAAAAAAUUAUAUGAGCUUCAUGGGACGGAAUCACCACCUUCUCUUACAUACUUCAGAUUGUAGCCAUACUAAAAAAAAAGAAAAAGAAAAAAAAAAGGCAAAAAAGGCUAAUGACAUUUUUAUCAGUAUUGUGAAUAAACUUGAACACAGAUACUCGAAGUUCCAUGUCUUGUCUUCAGUUCUAGAAGUUUUCCCUCUUCAAGGUAAAGCGACCAACUUGAACUCUCUCUGGCAACACGAUUCACAGUUCUAUAAGGGAAUCAGUGUUCACGUCUCUGUAUAUAUUUAUUUAUGUGUAAUUUAAUGGGAAUUGUAAAUAUGGUGAGUCUGUUUUAAGCCUUUUUUUUUUUUUAAUUUAUCUGGUGAUCUCGUUUACCUCUUGUUUAGUGGGUUUUGAAUCUUCCCUAUUAGUUCUUCAUGUGGUUCAUGGUACUUAUUUAGGAAUCCAAGGUUUGGGGGAUUUUUUUCCUCUGGUAUUCAUGAAUUUA